GAAGCUCCCUCCUUCUUCAGUUCUUCCUCUUUCUCUCUCCAGACUAGUUGCUCCCUCCGUUGAUGUCUCUGUAGUUCCUUCUGGCGGCACUUCCAUAAGCAACCUCGUCGGCUGCAUUCCAGGCUCUCUUUCUCUCUAUCUCUCUCUUUGGGCCUCGACUCCUCUCUCUUUCUGCACUUAAACACCAGUUACAAUUGAAAAUUUCUAUUUUCCCCGUUUGUCUGUUGGCAUUUUGUUGCUCCCUUUAUAGGAGGCAAGGUUGCAAGUUAUCUUAUCUGCGUUGCGUUGAGCCCUGAGAUAGGAAUAAAUGAAGGUGAAGACAAUAUCUCGUUCUACAGAUGAAUUCACUCGUGAACGAAGCCAGGAUCUCCAGAGGGUUUCUCGAAACUAUGACCCGCAACUUAGACCUCAAGAGAAGGCUGUGGAGUAUGUGCGAGCUGUAAAGGCGGCUAAAUUGGAGAAGAUUCAUGCAAGACCGUUUAUGGGGGCAAUGGAUGCACAUGUGGAUGCCAUCUCUUCUAUGGCGAAGAACCCAAAUCACUUGAAAGGAAUUUUUUCUGGUUCAAUGGAUGGAGAUAUUCGUCUUUGGGAUAUAGCUUCCAGGCGAACAGUUUGUCAGUUUCCUGGUCACCAAGGUGCUGUAAAAGGUUUAACUGCAUCUACAGAUGGUCGUAUUCUUGUUUCUUGUGGAACUGAUUGCACUGUCAGGUUCUGGAGUGUUCCUGUUGCUAGUUUCAUAGAUUCAGAGGGUUCGUCUGAUAAUUCUGCCAAGCCAUUGGAAGUUUAUAUUGGGAAGAAUGCAUUCUGGGCUAUUGAUCACCAGUGGGAUGGCAAUCUCUUUGCCACAGCAGGUGCUCAAGUUGAUAUAUGGAAUCACAAUAGGUCUGAGCCAGUGAACAGUUUUGAAUGGGGAAAGGACACAGUAAUAUCUGUCCAAUUUAAUCCUGGAGAACCGAAUGUCUUGGCAACAUCGGGGAGUGAUCGCAGCAUAACACUAUAUGAUUUGCGCAUGUCAUCCCCAGCAAGGAAAAUCAUCAUGAGGACAAAAACUAAUUCCAUUUCUUGGAAUCCAAUGGAGCCUAUGAACUUUGCAGGUGCUUAUGAAGACUGCAACUGCUAUAGCUACGAUGCUAGGAAAUUGGAUGAAGCUAAAUGUGUGCAUAAAGAUCACGUUUCUUCAGUGAUGGAUAUUGAUUACUCACCAACUGGUCGGGAAUUUGUUACUGGAUCUUAUGAUAGAACUGUUAGAAUUUUCCAGUAUAAUGGUGGUCACAGCCGGGAGGUCUAUCAUACCAAGAGAAUGCAAAGGGUCUUUUGUGUCAAAUUCAGCUGUGAUGCAUCUUAUGUCGUUUCUGGGAGUGAUGAUACCAACCUUCGGCUUUGGAAAGCUAAAGCAUCAGAACAACUGGGAGCUCUUCUUCCCAGGGAGCGUAAAAACCAUGAAUAUCUUGAGGCUGUUAAGAAUCGUUACAAGCAUCUCCCUGAGGUCAAGCGUAUUGUGAGGCACAGGCACCUGCCAAAACCAAUAUACAAGGCAGCUGCUCUCAGACGCACUAUGAUUGAAGCUGAGAGGAGGAAAGAGCAAAGAAGGAAAGCUCAUAGUGCUCCAGGAAGUAUUUCAGCAGCACCAUUACGUAGAAGGAGAAUCAUCCAAGAAGUUGAGUGAGUUGAUAUGAAACCAACGGCUGGGAUGUAGUUUGUCUGUGCUGUCUCAGAUUUGGUCCUUGUCAGCAGAAUUUUUCUAUCUGCUCUAUUCUGAUGAGAGGCAUAAGAUCCAGGGUUUAGUGUUAUGUCAAUUGUCCGCCCAUCCGAGUCCAGGGCAAGGAUGAUGAGUGCAUUAUAUAUUAAGUACUGUUUUGAUCAAUGCUGUACAUUUGUCAAAUAUCUUAAUCUUAGUAGUAAUCUAUUAAAGAACUUGAGGUAUGCUCAUUGGCAAAA